CGAUGGUUCAUUCCACUACAGCGUGGGCGACGACACAUUGGCCGCGUAACAGGUGAUCCAUAAGAUGUCAAGAUACGCAGCGUCCUAGAUCUCAAGAUCAUCUUGCGCCCCUGUCGCCUUAUCGUCUUAUCGUUUUUGCUUAUACACUCUCACGUUGAUCCAGUCUCUUGUCAAAAGUAACCCAUCACACGGUCAAUCUCUGAUGCGCGGGCGGUUUCCUGGAUACAUCACCCUCUACUUUGUGGUUAUCACAAUCAGCAUUAUCUAUACAAUCGCGCAUAGUUUCCUGGAUCAGAGGAUGACUGUACAAAUGGAAGAUGUCUUAGCAGAAAGACUCCCGAUGUUUUGGACGCAGGCUUCAUUCAUCGAAUACUUUUCUGACCACUAUUGUCUGGAAAUGCUCCAGUUUGCUCUUGCAGCUGCCCAAUACAAGGAGCGCUAUGAGAAUGCUCUAAGUGCCUCUAGCCGCAAAUUAUCUUUACCAUCUCGAGACCUUCAAGAUCUGAUGCACUCGUGGGUCUCACUCGUCGACACCUACCUCUUACCCGGUAGCGAGUGCGAAGUCAAUCUACCCUCCCAGAUACGCGAUCCGAUUCUCAGAGUUCGUCUGCAGAAACGCGCUGCUGAUCCCCAAGUCCUUGAACCAGCCAUACAGGCAACAUGGGAGAUGAUGGAAGGGCUGGUUCUAAGCUCAUUUCGUCGCGAGGUGCCGCCACAGACCUGCCUUGUUGAAGGAAGCUAUAUGCCGUGUCACUAUGACAUACCGAGCAUGCACACCGGAUCCGAAAAAGGCUGCGGGGCGAGAUUGUUGAGGACCUUGCAGAGCGCUGGACGGAGAACUCGAACAGUCUUUGGCGCACUCUUUGACCUCUUUGCUCGACACCAUGUGUCUCGCUCUCGUGAACAUGCAAGAAGGUCUUCUUGCUAAGACCAAAGACCGGGGGUGUGAGGUCCAGCCUUUGUGUAUAAUUUGUGACUUGUAUAAUGGUCAUAAUCAAUCUCAUCAACACUUAGACGAUUAGUACCAAGAUCGCCCAUAGCUGAGACCUAUCAUUGAGCACGCUCUGGUCGUUGUUUCGAACACGCCUUGAUGGUCCUGUUUUGUUGGGUUUCCUGCUGCUUCUCCUCUCGAACAAUGUCGACUUUGCGAUUGACAUGCGCUCGCGCGACCGCUGGAGUUUGGAUCGAUGGCAUCCAGAAGUGGGCUCAGCAGUGCCAUUGUAAUCCAUGGUUUUAAUCUCGUCGAGCCUGGCAGGUGGGGUGGCGUGAACAUACAUGUAAGUCAAAUCUUCCACGUCGCGUUCAACGAACCGAAAGCGUGGGUGGGUUGCCCUAACAGCUUUACCUUGGCAACAAGACCG